UUCGAUGCAAUGCUUUUUUAAGGGGAAGCCCCACAUACAGUACAGUGUGCCCUUGUCCAUGAACCUCCUGAUUGUGCCAACGGAUUUCGAUGCCAAUUGACCAUGAGCAUGAUAACAAUUUCCUCCGACGUUGUGGUGUUAUCUUCCUCACAGAUGCCGUCUCGUUUCUGCAUUGAAUUGGCGUUACUUCGCUUUCAUCCCAUCUUUUGAUCGGUUGACUGAUCAUUGACUUUUUUGUUGGCAGCGUGUUCUUUCCUUCUGGAACACGCCGCCCUCUCGUGCAAGAGCCAAGCUCCACCCCACGAUUAAUUCGCGACGCCUUCAGCCAUCGAGCUGCGACGUAAUUGCACAGAGAAGAUCGCAUCGCUUGAUGCGACCAGAACCUUGAGCUGGAUCGAGUUGAUUUCUUGACCUUUUUUGCUAUUCCCCGGAGGUCCCCGCGCGCAAUCUACAGUACAACGAGCCUUGUGGCAGCAGCCUCGUUUACGUCCAUACCCGCAUGGGAGAGACCAGGUCAUCCGGGACUUGAAUUUGAUUCUCGUGGAGGGGAACCAAAAAAAAAAGAAAUCUGAAAUGCUUCCAUCACUCCGUUUCCAACGACUCGUACCAGUCGCCGUUCUCGUCCUGGUCUGCUUUUUCCUCCUGAGCUCACGGCUUCGAGAAACGCCGGACCCUGCCCUCGGCGCUCUUGACGGCGCCAUCAGCCGAACCGAGGGCGCAUCUGACGCACAUUCACAAGCCCAAACUCCAGCGCCACCAUCAACACCGACGACCCCCGAGACAAAAAGCGACGACGUAGUGGCGAAGCCAGCCCCCUCUCAAUGCGCGUCCGAGAUUGAGCGGCUCCGUGCCUUCGGCGUGUCAAGCCAGUUCGUUUACUACCGACGUUGCGUCAAGCCCAAGCACACGUCCGACGCCCCCAGGGAUGUCGUCUCAAAGAUACAGAAGCCACUCCUCGAGAAGGGCGCUCACAUCAACCUUGAUACCUGUACACACGACGAUCUUCCGCCAUGCUCCCCCUUAACGUUGGCGGUGCCGCCCAAAAACCCGACAAAGAAAUACCCCCACCUACUCUUUGGUAUCUCUACCAUGUACAAGCGGCUGGAAGAAAGCCUGCCGGCAUUUGAGACAUGGCUUGGCGGCUCCGAAUCGCCCAUGGUGGCCGUGGUGGUGGAUGCAGAGCCUGAGAAUGAGGCACCCAAGGAUUUCAAGGCCAUCGAGGCCAUGUAUCUCAAGGCAGGCAUCAAGCUAACAUGUGUGAAGCCGCGCAACUCGACUCUCAGCGUGGACCAGAACCACUUCACUGUGAUCGAGGAUCUCGUCGAGGCCGCCACGCCGGGGAUCAAGUGGAUAGGGUUAUUGGACGAUGACACCUUUUUCCCUAGUCUAUACAACCUUGACCAGGAACUUGCCAAAUAUGAUUACAAAAAGUCCGUUUGGCUUGGGGCACUCUCGGAGGACUUAGAGGCUAUCCGCAACUGGGGUGUGAUGGCAUUUGGAGGGGCCGGUGUCUUCCUCAGCGUGCCUUUAGCCCGGGAGCUAACGCCACGCAUUCCGGACUGCAUCAAUAACGCGCGCCGCAACACGGGAGAUGCCAUUUUGCGCGACUGCAUCUUUGACGAAACACAUACCAAGCUCACCACCGUCACGGGAUUGUACCAACACGACCUUCGCGGCGAUGUCUCAGGUUUCUACGAGUCUGGCGUACGCCCGCUGUCUUUGCAUCACUGGAAGUCGUGGUACCAUGCGCCUGUGGACAAGAUGGCCAGCGUAGUGAAUGUGUGCGGCGACUGCUUCCUGCAGAGGUGGCGCUUCGGAGACGAUACACUUUUUGCAAACGGUUACUCCAUCACGCAAUAUUCCGCGAUUGAAGGGGGUCUUGACAAUCUUGACCUGGAGAGGACGGAGACCACAUGGGUUACGAGUCGCAACGACUUUGACUGGAGUCUGGGUCCGCUCCGGGAAAGACUCGCCGAUGGAAAGAAAAAGUCGUACCUCCUGGUCGACAUAAAGCAGACCGACACAAACCUGACUCAGUUUUAUGUUUUUAAAGGCAAAAAGGAGAACCAGGAGAUCGAUGAGCUUGUGGAGAUAAUAUGGGAGUCGUAAAUUUUUAUAAGGGUUAAUCAGCUUGAAGAACGAUAUAGGAACUUGAACAUUCAUAUGUUAUAUCUCUUUCAUAUUAAUACAAAAGGUUAAUGAUCAGUA